GCCUGUUGGCUGGAAUUGAGAGGAGCCUGUCUCGUGUUCUGUCUCUAGAACUUUGGUGUCCCUUCAGGGAAUGAUUUUGAAAAGGGGCGGAGGCUGGAGCGGGAAGAGCACACUGUUUUUGAGCGCGUGCUCAGGGGCCGGCUCUGGGGGCAGAAGCUGACAUUUUGAGGAGCCCUGCUGAGGGACAGUGUGUGGGGGAGGCACAGACAGUGCCUCAUGGGAUGUUCCCUGCCCUCGGAGGCGGAUGACUUUAUCCUCACUGUGCAGACUGGCUUCCCACCAACAUGGCCAACAAGGGUCCUUCCUAUGGCAUGAGCCGAGAAGUGCAAUCCAAAAUUGAGAAGAAGUACGACGAGGAGCUGGAGGAACGGCUGGUGGAGUGGAUCAUAGUGCAGUGUGGCCCUGAUGUAGGGCGCCCGGACCGUGGGCGCCUGGGCUUCCAGGUCUGGCUGAAGAAUGGCGUGAUUUUGAGCAAGCUGGUCAACAGCCUGUAUCCUGACGGCUCCAAACCCGUGAAGGUGCCCGAGAACCCACCCUCCAUGGUCUUCAAGCAAAUGGAGCAGGUGGCUCAGUUCUUAAAGGCCGCUGAGGACUAUGGCGUCACCAAGACUGACAUGUUCCAGACUGUUGACCUCUUCGAAGGCAAAGACCUGGCCGCGGUGCAGAGGACCCUGAUGGCUCUGGGCAGCUUGGCCGUGACCAAGAAUGAUGGACACUACCGUGGCGAUCCCAACUGGUUUAUGAAGAAAGCCCAGGAGCAUAAGAGGGAAUUCACAGAGAGCCAACUGCAGGAGGGAAAGCAUGUCAUUGGCCUGCAGAUGGGCAGCAACAGAGGGGCCUCCCAGGCUGGCAUGACAGGCUACGGACGACCUCGGCAGAUCAUCAGUUAGAGGGGGUGGGGCAACCCUGGCCCCGCCCUUGCCCAGCUCGCUGGCUGCAGCCAUCCCGCCUCGCCCGCCUCACCCUCACCCGUGUGGCUCCUUCAGCCCUGGCCAAGCUUCGAGGCUCCAUCACUGAGCAAAGGUGACUGCACUUGGGCAGCUCGCCCGCACCCCUCAGCCCAACUUCCAACCCCAAAGCACUGCUCCCCCAGCCCACCUCCCAGUUCCUCCAUUGGCUCUACUGUCUCCUCAUCCCAGGCUGAGCCGGGGAGACAUGGGCUGGCGGUGGCCUGGGUGUGGGCAAGUCCACCAUCCUCCUUGGCAGCAGAUGCCUGUUGAAGGAGACCCAGCCCAACCUCCCCCCAUUUUUUUGCUGGAAUAGUUUGGGGGUUGAAAUUCAAAAUGAAAAAAAAAAAAAUAUAUACAUCAAUCUUUUCUCAGGCCUGA